GCCUCCUCAGGAAAUAGAGGCGGCUCUGGCCCUUCCUGUACAGAGCCUGAGUGUUCUUGGUCCAGUCCAGUUUAUUGUCCAUGUGUACUCCCAGGUACUUGUAGUCCUCUACCAUGGUCGACAGCGGAUGAAUCAUACUGAUUUUGGUGAUCCUGUACGUUUUCCUAUAGCACCACCACGAAGAAGCAAGUGUAUACAAGUAAUAUAAAAGUUACUUUCUUCAUUUAUAUAAAUUUAUAUCACCUAGCAAAGAAAACAUUAAAUUGGUUAUCAUGCUUUCCAUAAUAUUAGUAUAACAGAACAAGCCACCUACUGUACUUUGCUGCAUUAUAAUGCACCAACCCAAUAAUCACCUGUAAGUUCCUUGAUAGAGACCUGAUACUUUAUGAUAAAUAUUAUUGUUAUAAAUUCAAACUACCAUUUUCAAUGUCACUAAUGAGCAUUUAAACUCACUAAAUAAUGUUUUAUUUCCGUUUUUGCUAGGCAGAGCUCUGUCUGUUACUGCUUUAUGUUUGAUUGAUGAUCAGCAUCUUUUUAAGAGAAUUAUCUUUAAAUUAAAUCAGCGAAAAGAUUUUUUUGAGGAGGAGUUGAAGGACUUUUUUUUUUUCAGCCCUGAGUAGUGUCUGCAGUCUUGCCCCAACAACCUCCACCAGGAAGGUAGUGCUGUUUGUAUGUUGCCUGAGAGGCAAAAUCCAGGGCAAACUGUUCAACUCAGAGCUACUCUGACAGUCUUUUAGUGAUUGAAUCAAACUGAAACUGUAAAAGAUAAAGUGUCAACAUCCGCAGAGGAAAUUAGGCUUUUGGCCCAGUAAGUGCGUCAGCGUUCCCCCGUAUGUGCACAGUAUUUAUUUGUCAUUUGCGGGUUGUAAUCUAAAGUGUUUGCGUUUUCAAAUGUGAAACUUCUAGUGAAAAUGAGUUUGUCCUACAUCGUAGUAAAAUUACAAUUAGAUUUAAGGAUUUAUUUGUAAUGUAUCCAGCCCUGGAUUUACAUAUAGGACACAUUGGUUUACGAACAAAAUAUAAAAUAUGUGCCGCUGAAAACAAAAGCUGUCUAGGAUACGCAGUGAGCAGUGAGAGAGGAAUGUAAUACUGGUUGGUACAGUUCUGCCUAUCAAGAUAUAAAGCAGGAAACACAGUUGGUUGUUAUUGUUUCUCGCUGAGGACAGAGACACACACCGAGAGACAGACAACAGGACACAAAGUCCACAACUUCCACUGAGAGAGAAGAAAUAAGGAGUACUGGGAGUACUGGGAAUACUGGGAAUACUGCUACUUCCACCAGCUGCUGAAAGAGUGACGACUCAAAGUGAAAGCUCAGAAAUGGCUGCUCUGGUUUCUCAACCAGAGAUGGAUUUCUUUUGUCCAAUCUGUCAGGACAUCUUCAGAAAUCCCGUUGUGCUGUCGUGCAGCCACAGCUUCUGCGAGGACUGUCUGCAGCGCUGGUGGGAGGAGAAACUGAUUCUCCAGUGUCCACUUUGUAAAAGGAGAUCUUCAAAGAGAGACCCGCCGAGUAACUUGGCAUUGAAGAACCUGUGUGAAUCCUUCUUACGGGAACUCUCUCUGGAAGAGAAAGCUUCUGCAAGGUCCGAGGAUCUCUGCGGUCUGCACUCUGAGAAACUGAAGCUCUUCUGUCUGGACCAUCAGAAGCCAGUGUGUGUGGUGUGUCGAGACUCAACAACGCACAUCCACCACAGUUUCAGACCCAUCGAUGAAGCUGCACAGGAUCACAAGAGGGGGCUCGGGAUGUACCUGAAGCCCUUAGAGGAGAGACUGGAGCACUGCAAUCGAGUUGCAGUGGACUGCAAUAACACAGCGAGAGAAAUUAAGGUCCAGGCUCAACGCACAGAGAGGCUGAUUAAGGAGCAGUUUAAGAAGCUUCACUGCUUUCUACAAGAGGAAGAGGAGGCCAGGAUCGCUGCACUGAGGGAGGAAGAGAGGCUGAAGAGUCAAAUGAUGACGCAGAAGAUGGAGGCUCUGAGAGGAAGGACGGCGGCGCUUUCGGACACAAUUAGAGCCACAGAGGAGCAGCUGAAAACCGGAAAUGUCUCAUUCCUGCAGAACUACAAAGCUGCAGAGGAAGCAGUCCGGCAGCGCCUCCUGCUGGAUGAUCCACAGCCGGGCCCAGGAGCUCUGAUAGACGUGGCCAAACACCUGGGCAACCUGACCUUCAACAUCUGGAACAAGAUGAAGGACACGGUCACAUACGUCCCUGUGAUCCUGGACCCCAACACUGCAGAACCACACCUUCACCUGUCAGACGACCUGACCGCCGUGAUAAAUGGAGGGAUAGAGCUCAAGCUUCCAAAAAACCCGGAGAGGUUUGAAGAAUACGUCACAGUGCUGGGAUCUGAGGGCUUUAACUCAGGGACUCACAGCUGGGACGUGGAGGUCGGAAAUAAUAAUGCAAACUGGGCAGUUGGUGUGAUAGGAGAGUCCGUCCCAAGGAAAGUGGAAAUACCGGCUGGAUACUGGGAAAUAUGGUUCCGCGAUGGUAAAUACAGAGCAUUUUCUCCACCAGCUACCGAUAAAGUGCUCUCAGUGAAGAAGCCGCUGCAGAGGAUCAGAGUGUGUCUGGACUGCUACAGAAGAAAAGUGACGUUCAUUGAUCCGGACACCAACGCGAACUUACACACCUUCUCACACACCUUCACUGAGAGGCUGUUUCCCUUCAUUAACACUCAAACUACAGCGCCAGUGAGGAUCUCACCACUGAAAGUCACUGCACGGCUCGAGAUGUAGAUGAUUUAUGUCGGUUAGGAUGAUGAGGUGUCUUUUUCUUUAACUGCUUAUUUUAUGGAAUCAUUUUAUUCACAAUAUGUCCACUAUUAUAUUCCUAUAAAUUAAAAGAUAUGUGUUUAUUUGUGUGAUUUGAACAAA